AUGUACAGCCACAACGGCACAGACACGGCCGUCAAGCCCGGCAAGAUGGCCCACCAGCAACUCGUCCUCGCUGUCACAACACUUGUCAUAGCCCUCUUCGGAACAUGGCUAUUCCGCAGAGUGCAAUUCCCCCCCCUUCAACAAGGACCAUGGGCCAAGAAGCUGGCCGAAAAGUACGGCGAGAUGUUCACCUGCAAGUUUGGCGGCACCACAUGGGUCUUCCUCAACUCCUCACGGGUCGUCACGGACCUUCUCGAGCGCCGCGCGGCCAUCUACAACUCCCGACCGCCCUUCCCCAUGACGCAGGGUAUUAUCUCCGGCGACUCGCGCAUCGUGCUCAUGCCGUACAACGAGCAGUGGCGCAUGACGCGCAGGAUCAUGCACCAGAUCUUAAGUGCUAGGGCGCUGGACGUCUUCCUUCCGUUUCAGGAGCUCGAGAGCAGGAACUUGUGCUGGGAUUACCUCGAGAAGCCAGAUAGGUGGUGGUCGGCUAACGCGCGGUACUCGAACUCGGUUAUUAUGAGUGUUGUAUUCGGGCGGCGGUCCAUGCUGGAUGACCCUGACGUAGUGGAGCUACUGGAGACUAUGGAGUUGUUCUUGGAGAACCAGCAGCCUGGAGUGAAUAUUGUCGAUGCGUUCCUUUUCUUGGACAAGCUGCCCAAGUUCUUGCAGUGGUGGCGUCCACGGGGAAACAGAAUCUUUGAGCAGACAAGAGACGUAUACCGCCGCGAAGUGAAGCGGUUGGAAGAGAGAAUCGAGAACGGCACCCAGCGCCGAUGUUUCGCUACUGACUUCCUGGAGACGCCGGAGGCCAAGAGCAUGACCGAGGUCCAGAGGCUGUUCCUGUUCGGCACGCUCAUGGAGGCCGGAAGCGACACCACGAGAGUGACGCUUGGUCAGAUCAUUGCGGGUGCCGUGACUUCCCCGGACUGGGUAGCUCGUGCUCGGGAGCAUCUAGACGCAGUAUGUGGACAGAAUGCCGAGAGGCUGCCAGAGUUUUCGGAUCGGCCUAGGCUGCAUUACAUCUCUGCCGUGGUAAAAGAAGGCUUCCGGUGGCGGCCCAACAUUGCCGAGAUUGGCGCCCCGACCAUGUUGAUCAAGGAUGACGAGUACGAGGGGUAUCGCUUCCCUGCUGGGACCGUGUUCACGUGGAAUGCGUGGGCGAUUGCGCUCGAUCCUAAGGAGUACCCGGAGCCAGAACGUUUUUGGCCAGAGAGGUUCCUCAACGGUGAUGAGGAGAAUGCUCUCAAGGGCCACUGGGCAUUUGGACCGGGUCGCCGGGUGUGCGUUGGAUGGAAGGUGGGAGAGAUGAAUGUGUGGAUCGCAAUAGCCCGCCUUCUCUACUGCUUCGAUUUCGAGGCAGUUCCUGGGGAGCCCAUCGACACGAUGAGCAUUCCUCAGCUUACGAAGAAUUCGGCGCCGUUCCAUGUAAAGGUAGUUCCCAGAAGCGCAGCUCAUGCUGAGUUGAUACGGAGGGACUGUGCGGAGGCUGUUAAGACGCAAUACUAA